AUGGCACGCACCAGCAGCCGGUCGUCGAGCGAGGACUUUGCCCGGAGCAUCGACCCAGCGCAGCUGCUCGAGAUUCGUGCGCGUCAACGGACGUUCGAGGGCGCCUAUGCGCGGACCGCGCUCGCCAACCUGGGCUACGCGCUGGCCAUCCUGCGUCUAUUCGACCGCCGCUUCUACCGCAUCGGGCUGCUGUACUCGGCAAUGGCCGUGUUCAUGCUCCUCUGCGCCUUCCUCCGCUCCCGCUUCACCGACCACAGGCACGACGACGAGACGACCAUCGAGCUCAACGCUCAGGAGGCUGAGCGCCUGCUGUACUGCCCGCGCGCCGUCCGCACCAAGGGUCACGAGAAGAAGAAGCCCAUUGGCCCUCCGUUCAUCACCGCCGGUCGCGUCGUCGUCCUGGUCGCGCUCAUCGUCUUCGCCACCGAGAUCACACUGGCGCCACUGCUUCUCGUCCCUCUUUGA